GCAGCAGAAUCGGGAUUAAAACAUAGCCUUUCUACUACUAAGGAGAAUGCAAAGGCACUUGAGGAGAAGAAUUCGAACCUUCAACAACUGCUGGAUAACACUCGUGCCAGACUCAACACGAUUGAAGGAUUUGCCUCUGGGUUUUAUGAAGGGGACGAGGGCUCCCUGAUAGAUGAUUUCACUGGUCUGUGGCAGUUUGCCAAGACAGAGCUGUACUCCCAGUUCAAUGUCGACUUCACUACAGAAGCUAUCUCGAACGGCUCAGCGUGGACCAAUCUAAAACGCUACGACCUUGUCCGUAACUACCACAUUCCCCUACCUUGUUCGAAUACCCCGCCAGCGAAACAAAUCCGCUUAGCAAUUAUUCUUGCUAUCCUCGCGAGGGAGAUCGACAAAUAUAUCUUCCAGCCAUGCUACAUCAUCCCUGAAGAUGCCCGUAUUCGGAAAAUCCUUGGUGAUCUUGCCAUGACUGACAGUGAGAAGGAAUCAUUUUGCCGGUCUGUCCUGCAGUCAAUAAAUACGCAAGCCCAAGAAAAAGCUCUUUCGUCGACUAUCCAGACUGUCAUCGGUCGCGUGCUGUCAUACUUUGACGAUUUACUGACAGAGGCACAACAUAUGUCAAUGCGCUCAAGUUUGGAAAAGAUCGUGCGGAAAGCCGCAGGAGUUUGGCAACCCAUACGACAUGCCAAGCGAAGAUAUGAGCCAGAUUUCGAACAGCCAGGACCCGACGAGUAUUGGCUUCCCUUUACUUUGGACGAGAACAGCCGACCGGAGGCACAAACUGCACAGAACACUCAGGAUGAGAAUGCUCUAACAAUAUUUCCGCGCCUUUCCGUCAUAGAGAACAAUCGCAUGACAUUACACACCGUUGUAAUCCAGCUUAACAGAUCAUCACCUCUCUUCUGCGCAGCGUCCAGUGAAUUACCAAAGGCGACAUCCAAUUCUAGCGUGGUUCGAGUCAUGGCAAAGACUUUACGGAGCAAAUCUGCCAACUCCAAAGGUGCAAACCAGCCAGACGGACACUUAAAUGGUACUAGAAAGGCAUCUGGAAAAUGA